UCGUGGCGGGCACGCGGUAGCGGCUGUUGGGUGGCAGUCUGUCUCGGGCUGGCCGGUUUGGGUUGUUAUUUUUAGCGGUUGGUUCGUAUUGCGUUGUGGGAGUCGCGAGAGUUCUCUCCUCUCUCAAGCAGAUCGAAGACGCACUUUGCUGCGCGCGCUCCUGCGAAUUUACGGUAAACCGAAAGAAGGAUAACGGAUUUCGCUGAACAGCGGAACGAACGCGAACGCGGGUAUUAUUGCAGUCAUCUGUCAUAAACCUAGGACAUUCAGCCACAACCAACGCUUGCUGGUCAAGGUAAACAGAUAUGGCUAGUCCCGUUGGGGAGCGUGAAGGUUCAAAUUCCACCGGGGAUGAACAUGAGCCAGCACCGGCGCCGAACCAUCCCGAACAGAGCCAUCCCGAGCCUGCCUGUGUAGAGGCGCAGAAAUGGAUUGAGGCGGUGACUGGGCGUAGUUUUGGAGACAAAGAUUUUCGCGGCGGACUGGAAAAUGGGAUCUUGCUGUGCGAGCUACUGAGUUCUAUCAAACCAGGACUGGUCAAGAAGAUCAACAGACUUCCCACACCUAUUGCAGGACUAGACAACCUGUCUGUGUUCCUGAAGGGCUGUGAGGAGCUGGGCCUGAAAGGCUCUCAGCUGUUUGACCCUGGAGACCUGCAGGACACCUCCAUACGUGCCAACUUGAAGGACUCAGAAUGCAACAGAAAACUGAAGAAUGUGUUGAUUACAGUGUUCUGGCUGGGCAAGGCAGCUAGUGGCAAUGCCACUUACAACGGACCCACGCUGAACCUAAAGGAGUUUGAGGGACUGCUUUCACACAUGAGGACGGAGUGUGAGGACGCAGGAGACUGCACCAGACGCAGUGUUAGGGACAGUGGCUAUGACUGCUGGGACUCGGAGAGGAGUGACUCUCUCUCUCCUCCCCGCCACGCCCGUGAUGACUCUCUGGACAGCUUGGAUUCUUUUGGCUCACGUUCCCAACACAGCCCUUCUCCUGAUGUUGCACAUCGUGGCAACAGUGAUGGUGACUCGGAAGUUGACAACAGGAAGCCGGACGUGCGAAGAGACGACAUGUUGGCGCGGCGCACGGCCGGCGGCAGCGAAUCACGCAGCUCCGUCCCCUUCAACCAGUUCCUGCCCAACCGGGCCAACGCCACCGCCUACGUCCCCACGCCACGGCGUAAGGUGCAUGCCGAGGACGGAGAGCAGAGGAGCCGCCCUGACCCAAUUGUAGAGGGUGGUCAGGGGUUAGGGGUGGGGCGAUUUAAGAGACCGGCUGGACCUCGCACCAAAACCCUCAAGACUGUCACCUGGGCUCCAGAGAAUGGAGUAGACCAGGGGGCGGGGUCACAUGAGGAGGAGGGGCAUACACAGGAAGAGAAGGGGCGGAACCAGGAAGCAGGGGGGAAGCAGCGGCGCCUGCAGAUGCUUGAGAAGGCGGGGAUAAAGGUCCUGCCAGCUGCCGUCCGCUAUUCAAGCAUCCCUAAACCGCCUGCCUUGGAGGAACAGGAAGUGAGGUCACCGUCGCCCAGCAUCAUCCUCCGUUGCGACAACGAGUUCCUUACAAACCACAAGGCGGACUGGGACUCCCCGUCUGACGGCGAGGGGGAGGGGGCGGGAGGAGCGGGGAGGAAGGUUCCGGAUGUGCAAAGGGACGACCUGGCCUCGCGCCGCGCCCCGCGGACCGCCACAGCUCCCAGGGUGCACCAGUUUGUCCCCCCGCCUGCGUGCAGCAGGAAGGAUCGGGAGCGCUGGGAAGACAUCCGCCGGGCGUCCCAGCAGGCCCUGCAGGAACGGGAGAUCAGUGACAGGGAGGCAGUGCCUGACAUCAUCACGCGCAGAGACAACCCGUUCCUCAACUCCGCCCCUCGGCGCGAGGAGGAAGAAAACGAAGAGGGCGAGGGAGAGGGGGGACAUGUUAAGGCGAUACCCAAUAAGCAUAAGGAUGAUCUGGCCCGUAGGCGGGCCCAAAAUAGGGCACGCCCACACAGGGACGGACCAAUGAGCUUUGUUCCCGCCCCCAUGACCCAGUCCGAUCUGGAGAAGUGGGAGAGACUGAGAAUGGCUGAACCCAGUGAGCCGAGCCCCGCCCCUUUGUGUAAGGCGUGUCUGGAGAAAGGUUCUGGAAGCCCGGUCACUGCCACAGCGACGGCGGGGCAGGCUCGUAGUAAGGUUGUGACCUUUGGGGGUGUGACGGAGCUGCAGCAGCCAAUAAGCACUGUCCCUUCAGGGCAGGGGGAGGAGUCUGAGUUGCUAAAGCGAAUGCUGGCCAAAGCUACGGUGGCCAUGCCCACCAUUGGUAUGGGCUCCCCGCUUACGGAGCGGGCACACAGCCGGUUGGGUGGAGCUGACCCUGCCCCGGCCCCUCCCCCCAGCGCCUGCCCUCCACCCAGAGUCGCAGAAGCCCCUCCCCCCAGCACCUGCCCUCCACCCAGAGUCGCAGAAGCCCCUCCCCCCAGCACCUGCCCUCCACCCAGAGUCGCAGAAGCCCCUCCCACUCCGGCAGCUAUGGAAGCUCGCCUGGCUCAGUACGGGAGAAGGAUGGAUGAAGAGGAGGAGGAAGAGGAGGAUGAUGAAGAAGAAGAGAGGGUCCCAGAUGUCCACAAGGACGACAUGAUGGAGGACCACUGGCGAGAUGACCUGGCUCGCUGGAAAAACCGCAGGCGGAGCGCCUCACAGGAGCUGAUCAGGAAGGAGGAGGAGAGGAAGAGGAUGGAGAAGAGGAUGAAGGAGGAGGGCAUGGACGCCCACAAGAGGAAGAGCAUCAAGACCUACCGGGAGAUCGUAGAGGAGAAGGAGCGUAGGGAGGCGGAGCUAUGCGAGGCAUACAGGAGGGCAGAGACUCCGGAGGAAGCUGCUAUGGUUCUGCAGCGCUACGCUCUGCGGUUCACCAUCAGUGAUGCGACACUGGACAGCCUGAAACUCCCUAGAAUCGGUCCGGACUACCAACCGGACUCGACCAAACCCGACCUGAAGAUCAAGCCAGCUCACACGACUGUUGACCAGGAACAGAGAGUGGCAAAAAACGGACAGGAAAACCAGUCCAAACCGGAACCAAAGCAGGAAGCAGAGAAGAACGAUCCAAGAACGCAGGAAUGUGUCUCAGCUGCCAGCUUACCCAGUCCCCCGGCACCCAGUGACCCCCCCACUGUCCCACACACACAAGUCCAGAACGCUGAACCUCAAACCCGGCACGCUCACACCGAGCCUCGAAUGCCCGAACCAACCCCCAAGCAAGCUCACCCUGAAGUUCAACAGGCACAGCCCCAGCCUCAGCCCACUCAAGCUCACACCCAACAUGCACAGCCCCAGCCUCAGCCCACACAAGCUCACACCCAACAUGCACAGCCCCAGCCUCAGCCCACACAAGCUCACACCCAACAUGCACAGCCCCAGCCUCAGCCCACACAAGCUCACACCCAACAUGCACAGCUUCAGCCUCAGCCCACACAAGCUCACACCCAACAUGCACAGCUUCAGCCUCAGCCCACACAAGCUCACACCCAACAUGCACAGCUUCAGCCUCAGCCCACACAAGCUCACACCCAACACGCACAGCUUCAGCCUCAGCCCACUCAAGCUCACAGCCAACAAGCACAACCUAAACCCCCACACACAGAGCCUCAGUCACUGCAAGCUCAGCCUCCGCCCUAUGGACACACCCGACUCUCUCCAGCCUCUUCCGGAACCCCACCGUCUAGACCCAUGCCCCUGCUCACAGCCAAGCCCUACAGCCAACCCAAACACAUUCAGACUGGACAUAAAGCAGUCAAGGUGGAAGGGUUGGUUCAUGUGAAUGGAAAGAGUGUUGAGGAGGGCAUGUCCGUGCCCCCCCUCCCCUCCUCUCCUCUUCACUCACCUGAGGGGAGCAAAGCUCCUCCCACUCAACAAGCUACAGCCAAUCAGACAACAAAUGAAACGUUGACUCCACAGCAACCAGAACUGGUGGCAACGACGACCUCUGGUUCAUCGGCCAUCAGCUCCCUGAUUGGUGGAAGGAACUGCAUCGUUACGACAACUAUUGUGACAGAGCUCAGCCAGACAUACAUGGAGCCAUACCCCUCUAAUCUACCUAGUAACACACAGAUCAAUGGCACCAUGGGGUUGUUACUGCAGCAAGACGGGGAGCAAAAGGAAGUGUUAUCUGGUUCUGCACCCUUUAGUUACCAGCAGACCUAUUCACCCACAGUGACAGAAGGACUUGAGGAGAGCAAUGUGACUAUUGAGACCCCCAUGUUGAACUUGGCUAAGCGUGUUAAUCACUGGGUCUGGGACCCCAAUGAGGAGCGCAAACGCCAGGAGAGGUGGCAGCAGGAACAAGAGCGCCUCCUACAGGAGCAGUACCAGCGAGAGCAGGGGAAGUUGAAGGAGGAGUGGGAGCGAGCGCAGAAGGAGGUGGAGGAGGAGGAAAGGAGACACAACGAAGAGGAGCGACAAAUACUUGAAGAGACUGUGGCACCUCUUAAUUUGUCCACUCUGUCAAAACAGCCCAGUCAGGUAGAAGCAAUCUCGUCUGCUCAGCAGGACUCUCUGACAAAAACAAAUGCUCCUACAGUACUCAGCCACAAGGUGGCGACGAUCACACUGGACCUGGAGAUGGAAGCAAGAGAUACCCCAAAGCAAAACAACCAAAGAGUUCCAAUGAUGAGCGAGGAUCAGCAUGGGGUGUCCCAACUACGCUUUGUCCAAGAUGCAUCAUGGGAAAAUGAAAGGAAACAGGAGUUGUGGAAAACCUCAUCUCUGGACCGUAACGCACAGCUAAUUCAGCCCAGUACAGUUAAGAGGUCUGGUUCCCAUGACAAUGUAGGAACACACUCACCGUCGUCAUCACCACAGCCUACCUCAUCCAGCAGAUGUGUGAGUGGGAAGAAGCUGUGUUCUGGUUGCUCUCUGCCACUGGGGAAGGGAGCUGCCAUGAUCAUUGACACACUGGGACUCUUCUUCCACAUCCAGUGCUUUAAGUGUGGGGUGUGUGAAGGACAGCUGGGGACGACCAGGGCUGGGACAGACGUGAGGAUACGGAAUGGGGUCCUGAGCUGCCAUGAGUGCUACAUAACCACCUCCGCAGGACAUCCCACCACGCUAUGAUAGCCUAGGUGAUGGAGCUAUAGCAACAUAGAAUGGCUUUGAUUAGACAAGUCCUGACCAUCUCCAUUUUGAUUGGAGCAUUGGACUUAUUUCACAAUCAGAAAUGUAGUCAUAAGAUUAUCCUGGAACAUUCUGGAAUACUCAACUUUCUGGAAUUUUCAUGUCAAAUGGAAAUCUACACAGCUCUGGGGACAGAAGCUGGGUGGCAACGUUGAAAACACACACACAAUGCACAAACACACAUGCACAAAAACACACACACAUUUAUUUCUGUACCAGUAGCACAGUAUUUUAUAUGACUGCACCAACCUGACAGACCUGACUGUGGGUUUGUCCACAAUGCUAAGCAAUACUAAAGCACAAUCAAAACUCAUCUCCAGGAUUAUGACGAGCACACAUUUUAACUCUUCAUGCUACUGUCUAAUGCGGAUGUCUUUAGAUAAUCCACGAGUGUCUUUGACAAAAGUACAAAGUGAAUGUACGGCUAUUCAUUAACCCCUAUCAUGCCAGCUCAGAAACCAUCUCCAGUCUCUCUGCAAAGCAAACUAGUAGCUUGACCAUCUUAAUGCCUUAAUCAUCGUACUUUUAACUGUGCUUGUUUUAUUGUUUGUUUGUUUGUUUACAAAUAUGCAUGAAUGUGAAACCAAUAUAACUUGUUGUUUUUGUGUUUUUUUGUUUUUGUUUUCUGACGGCCUUGUGGAAUCGCUGACUUCUUGAUAACAUGUUUUAUCUAACAUCUUCAUUCGAUUCACCAUCGUCAUUUUGAAAUGUUUAGACAGCAAACACUAGCACAACAAGGCUGGAUAAUUUAUAAUCUUUGUAAUGUAUUAUUGUAAGAACGGGAAUGCAUGGAAUUGUUUCUUUUAAAACACUUAUUUCAUGUUGUGUUUAUGCGUCUUUAGAUAGUAUUGUAAUCAAGUCAGUGCCUUAAGGAAUGGGGAGCUGGCACACAAGGGGAAAUCAAGAGCUACUCUCUCUCUAACAUUAUAAAUAAGUGGUCCCCAUAAAUGUUAAUAGAUAUUUUCAAUUGGAAAAAAAUUGACUGAGCUGGGCACUGUGUGUGUGUGUGUGUCUGUGUGAGACAGAGAGAGAGACAGAGAGAGAGACAGAGAGAGAGACAGAGACAGAGACACAGAGAGAGAGAGACAGAGACAGAGACAUUGUGUGUGCAGAGUACACUAGAAGCAGAAAGGAUGUAUCCCUCCUCUUGUCAAAAAUGUAUCCACCAGCAUGGCCAGAUAAAGACAACCUGAUGCAUAGUUGCCACCUCAGCCCCUCUCGUUUAUUUGAUUGGUUCUCCUCUACCCUGCCUUUGCAAAAAAUCAAUAAGAAAUGCUACUUCCUGAUUAUGCUCCACAACUGGUUUUACUUCGGUGUAUAUAAGGAGCCAAUGAGAGGAGAGGUUAGAUUCCCGUUACUAUGAGACACUUGUUUUGACUGAAUAGGGUUGUGUUGGGGGGCGCCUGCUCCAAACCAUGAAUCCAGGCACAGGUCGGGUUUUACAAGGGUUUUAGGAAUAGAUCUGUAGUUACAUACUGACCACCUCCACUACAUGAAUUAUUGAAUUGGAAGGUUUCAUGGCUUUUAUAGCAAGUGUUUGUUUGUCAAUAAAAUAUUUUCAAC